UCAGGGCGAAGACGGUAAAGAGCGUGGGCAAGGACGAAGCAUCCUGCGAGGGAGGGAGAGAGAGGAGAUUAGGAUAUUAGGAUAGGCGUAGGUUAUGGUAAGUAGGAGAAGCGGAGAAGAGGAGAGGAGGAGGAGGAGGAGGCGAAGCCGUAGGAAGAGAGAGAGAGGGCGGCUUGGGUGGUGGAGAGCAAGAGAGAGAGAGAGAGGCAGAGAGCGAGAGAGCGCGAGAAAGAGAGAGAGAGAGAGAGAGAGUGGAGUCGGGAGUGGUGUGGCAGUGGUGGAGAAUGAGGAAAGGUGUGUGUGUGUGGUGUGCGAGUGUGCGAGUGUGCAGUGUGCAGUGAGUGAGGGAGCAGUCGGAGUGCAGUGAGUGCUCUCUCUCAAUGCUCUCAAGGUAAGUCUAAGAUGGAUGGAUGGACGGCCAGGCCAGGGCCCCACCACCAGA